UGUGUAAGGGCUCCCGUAGCGGUGGCACCAAGGUUAUAUAUACUGGACGUACUGGCGCGAAGGGAGCAGUCCAGGGAAUCGAAUGUGUAUUUUACUGGACAUCGUAUCUCUGUAGCUAGCUAAAAUACAUUAAGGCUCAAGUUUAAAAGUAAAUACUGACCUCCGGUUUGGACACUCGGAUCAUCUUCUACGCAAGGGUGCCUGUGCUGCUACGGAACCACAGCCUUUGUCCCAGUACGCUGUAACCGCAGGGGAGUCUGAACUCUUUGAUUUGAACUACUCAAAAAAGCCAAAAAAGACGGCCAUGGAAUAAAACUCAUAAAAGGGAUACUUCAGUCGUGUAGUGCGUUAUUGGACAGAUUAUACCUUCGCCCACACCGCUUCGGUAACGCUAAACUACCUUGGUGUCUGAGCUUUAACUCCCCUAAGAUGGAUAUUCCAGUGGUUAAUUUUAAUGCCUACAAAUUGGGUGAAGAUCAGAUUCCGGAUGAAAGACUGAGUAUUAUGAUCGAAGAGAUAAAACAAGCAUUUACUGCCACUGGAUUUGUCUUCCUGGAAAAUACUGGCAUUGAACAACAGGAGGUUAACAGAGUCAUGGAUGUCUCCAAAAAAUUCUUCCUUUUACAAGAAGACACAAAGAAGCUGUGCGCUAGGAACAGUGAUCAUGAGAAUUUUAAUGAUGGUUGGGUGUCAGCAGAGAUUGAAAGAUUAAAUCCUUUACGCCCUGGAGAUCUUAAAGAGGCCUUUAAUGUUUCAGACCUGGACAGUGAACUAAAGUGUCCCUCUGAUGCUGCCAUUCCUGAGUUUCGGGAGGUCUUGGACUCGUUCUUCAGAAGAUGUAAAAAGCUUGCGCUGAGGGUUCUGGAAGUGACUGCUUUGUGCCUGGGUCUGGAGAGAGACUUCUUUGUUUCAAAACACAGACUGAUUGGCAGUAAUAAAAAUUGCACCACCUUCAGAACUCUGUAUUACCCACCGUUGCAUAAAGUAAUCGUGAAGCCAAAUCAGAUCCGAUGUGGAGAGCAUAGUGAUUAUGGGAGCUUGACCUUGCUGUUUCAAGAUGAGUCUGGAGGUUUAGAGGUAAUGAACAGAUCAGGGCAGUACAUUUCUGCCCCUUGCAUUCCUGGCACUGUGCUUGUAAACAUAGCGGACUUGAUGCAGAGGUGGACCUCUGAUGUGCUGGUGUCAACGUUCCACAGAGUUGUACUGCCGUCUGAUGACAAAAUGAAUACCUCAAGGCAGUCUAUGGCUUUCUUUGUUCAUCCUGAUAAUGAUGAAAUCAUUUCUUGCUGUGAUGGAUCAAGCAAAUACCCUCCGGUCAAUGCACUUCAGUAUACCAAGGACCGUGCAUACAUCGCUUACAAAGAUGCAAACAACAGUAAUCUGGCAUUCUAAACCUAGUGAAUUACGUAUCCACAUGCUACUUUUUAAAAACAUCGUUUUUUGCUUCUUGCUUUUAAAUAAUGUUUAAUUCAUUUAUUGUUGUUGACUUGUCUACUUGAGUACUUGUCUGAUAGCACUUCACUAUCAUAUAGUUCAGUAUAUACAGUAUCACUUCUCUAAAGUAAAUGUAACUUUUACCUGAUUUUAUAAAACAUGUGCCAUAUAGUGUGUAACACUUAGCAAUUCUAUUUUUAGAACUUUUCCUGAAAAUGAAAAUAUGGUCUGAUUUUUAAAUUGUUGUUUUUUCAUUUACAAUUUGAAAGUUAAAGUGAAAUGCUAUACCUUUUGUUUUCUCAGGGAAAAAAAACUGAGUGGUUCAAAAUUACACAUUUUUCAUUUUUUGUUACUCCUGCUAAAAUAAUGAAAAAAAAAAUAGUAAAACUUAAAGUUGCCAUUUGUACAAUGAAAGGGUCACAAUCGGGAUGUACCAUUAGUGCUGGGGGAAAACACUGCAGACCUGUAAAGGAAAAUGACUGACAAAAAAAAAAUCUGCAGAACGCUUUUUAUUAAUAACAAUAACUGUUGUAGUCAAGUUAGUACAUUUACCCGUCAUAUUGGGUAUCUGUACAUGCCAGUAAACUCCAAUACCUGUUUUAAAUACAGUUAAUGUAGUGUUUUCAAUUUGAGUUCUACUGCCCUCUGCUGAUGAAAAUAUGAACACAGCAAGACAGCCUUGCUGCCUUUGUUUAUACUGAUGAUUAGAGAAUACUACUUUAUUUUCUUGAUUUCAGAUGUGCCAGAUAAACAGUGCAAGAAAUUAUUUUAAAUCUCUCUCUGCUAAAUCAAUGUAAUAUAAUGUAUUUUUUAUUAAAACAAAAAUUGUGUUUUAUAACAAUGUAUUUUUGUCAAUUAAUGUAGACAAUUGUGUAUAAUGUUGAAUUGUCAAAUGCUUAUUUAUUUUUACCAAAACAAUGGAUUCUGACAUACCAAUUGACCUCCGUUUUAUACGCGAUACAUUUUAACAAAUAAGCUUAAAAUAAAUGAAACAUUUAAAAAUGAAUUGAAAACAUCCGCUUUCAAAACAUUUUAAUAGUUUUAAUGCCCCUUUCAAUUUAAACAUAGAUUUCUAACUUUUAACUUGGCUGGCAGUCCUGUGCAUUUUUUUCAAAAUAUUUUAUUUUUCUAGAAAUAUUUUCAAGAGCAGGAAUUCCAACAGCAUAUUUACAUACAGUGCAGUGCCAAAGUUCAGUCAGAUUUUGGCCCUUAAUUUUAAUGGCAUGAAAAAGCAAAGUAAUACACAAUUCUUAAUUCAAUUUAUAUCAUAUGUGUACAAAUUAUGAAAAUACUGCAGCAUGUAUGAAUUUUCUAUAAUUCUUCACCUCCUCACCCUGCUCAUACUGAAACUGUAUAGAUACUUAUUAGUAUCUGACUUAAUUGAAAAUAAAAACACACAUUUUAAAUGUAAUGACCAGACUCAUUGUGCAGUUUGAAGGUCUGUAUUCUUUAUUUAUUUGCACAAAAGGUUUACCAUGAUAAAAAGGUAAAAAGUUGAGUGGCAUACUUUGCAUUAUUCAAUUCGGAAUUAUUAAAAAAAACACAAGCUGAAAAUCAAAUUAUAGGCUCUCCAAUGAAAAUAAAAUAAAAAUAUAAU